CAGAAUAAAUCAGUGCGGUGAACCGCCAACGGUCACCAUGGACCAAGAGAAGCGCAUGCGCCGCGAAAUCGCCAACAGCAACGAGCGCAGGCGCAUGCAGUCGAUCAACAACGGAUUCCAGUCGUUGCGCAGUCUGUUGCCGCAUCACGAGGGCGAAAAACUCAGCAAGGCUGCCAUCCUCCAGCAAACAGCCGAAUACAUUUACUCAUUGGAACAAGAAAAAACAAGGCUGUUGUCGCAAAACUGUCAGCUGAAACGUUUAGUCGGUCAGCAUGAAGGCGGCGAGCUACCGCCCAAAAAACGAAAGACCGAACUGAUUCUUCCUACUAUUGAAUCACCAGAAGACGAAGAUGAAACAUUUUCAGGUAUGGACUCAAUGUCGCCAGGUCCAGUGAAACUUAUUACGCUGACUGUCAAUGGUGCUGCUGUCACCAAUGAAACCCCCAAUGAGCUUAAAAAAGCGCUGGAACGUGAGCGCAAUUUACGUUUAUUGCUUGAAGACCAAGUACGACAGCUUGAACAACAACUAUAUCAGCAUAACGCUGCAGAAACCCAAAUCCAAUACAUUGCUGCUGAAGAAUCAGAUGAAUUGGGACUUCAGCUGAUUGCAGCCGAAAGUGUACCGCCUGUAGCUCACACCCAAACAGUGGUAUGUUCCACACCGCCGUCCCGAGACCCUAGUCCGGAACGCACCCUACCUUCUAUUACAGAAGAAGAACGGUUACCUAGUGUCCUUAAAGCUGCCAUCAAGGCUGAACCAAAGGUCGAAGUAGAAAGGUUACCGUCCCCCGCUCACGACGAAAUAUCGUCCGGCGGCAACCUUUACUCCGUAAGCAAUACCUCCAGACAGAAUUUGGAGACUAUAGUGGAAGCAAUUCGACAUUUGGAAGGUGAUCAUAUGUUUGGUGAUGAUUCAACGGUAGGAGCCUCGGUAACGGUUACAACUUCUCCCUCUGAACCUCAAGACAUCCCUUUGGCGUUGACGACGCGCGAAUCUUACGUCGAAUACAGCGCGGCGACCGUGCAGCAACAUCAGCAGUCGCGACCGGGUGUCAUCGUCGUUAAACAGGCCUCGUGAUCGAAUAUCAUCCGCUUCGCCAAGAUGCGCCCCAAUCACGGUCAAGGUAGAAAACCGACGUCCGUAGCGAGUAGCCAUCUUGCGACAGAGCGAGACGGAUGAUGAGCAGUUUGUAACGAGUGGAAGAAGGACGUUUGACGAAAAAGUAAAAAAAUCAAACGUGUUGUUUUAAGUUGUGUUAAAUCAGUCUGUUGUUGCGCGCGCCGCUGGAGGGUCGUUCACGCAGCCGGAGGGGAGGACUCGAAUAAAUGUGGCUGUGCCUGUGUUUUUUCUCUUUACUUUUUUUUGUACAUUAUUCCUCCCCUCAUAUAGAAAGAAAAUUUCAAAAGAGCGCACUCCGUGCGCUCAAAAAAUUGUGCCAUUAAAUUUAUACCAAACUAUUUAAUUUUUAGGUUUAUAAGUCGAAUAAGUAAGGUUAAGAAAUUUCCCAUAUAUAUUUCAAUCUCUGUUGCGUGUGAACGGGCCUUUAAUUGCGGCGCAGACAAUUUUACGAACCGCCCAAAUAUCAAAUAGAUUUGUUCGCACAAGAGUUUGCAAACUGUCAGUAUAGGCAUGUUUUCAAUGUUUCCGUUUGGUAACAGGUUUAGGUUUAGGCUUCUUGUCCACUGCGACCUACGGUCUAUUGUGACUCACUCCGAUUUUAUAUAAAGGGGGAAAUAUAAAGGUGGAGAUAAGUGUGGGAAAAGCAUGCUUUUUGUAUUCGGGUCGAAACAACAUGCCUGAUUUUGCCUUAAAAGGUGGUAACAGGUUGCAGACUUUUGUGUGAACAGACCUUAAAUAAAAAUCAUUCCAAAUAAGUUGUUUGGGCGGUAAAAUUGCGCGACACAAAAAGAAAAAAGACUGACUGGAUCUUAUAGUAGAAAACCUUGGGUUUUAAUUUUUUGGCACCCCACAAAGACACACACACACACAAGACAAUUUUUAUUAUUUUGUUACUUAAAAAUAAUUGAAAGUUUCUUUUUUUUUUUCAAUGAAACGCCAAAAAUAUUAUAUAUUUAUCGUAAAUAAUACAUUAUAAUAAUCGAUGUAAGGAGUUUUUGUGAAUUAUUUUGUUCCUUUUUAUUAUUUGUAAAUAUUUAGGGUUAAAGUAAUAAGAGGGAGAGAAGUUUUCCCCCAAAAAAAUCUUAGAUUUAGUAAGUUUUUGUUUUGAUUUGUAUUGUGUCAUAUAUUUAUUUUUAUUACAUUCCAAUAUUGGGCCUCAUUAAAUCAAACUUCAAAUUAAUAUACAAAAUCUUUGCUUCUUGACACAAUACGGAUUAAUUUGUUAUUAAUCUUUGUAUUAUUUUUUCUAUGAGCUACUAAAGAAAAUUUUGUAAAUAAGUUUGAAGCAUUAUAUAUAAAAAAAAAAAAUUGGUAUACGUGAAACCUAUGAAGUUUUGAGAAUAUAGAAAUUGUUUUUCGUUAAAUGUAUGUAGAAGUAUGUAGAUUGAUUUUUAAGUUAUUGUAGCAUUGAGAGAUGUUUUUUCUUGAAAAAUUAUUUUUCGGGGUGGAUGAGAGAGAACACCUAUGAUCGAGGAAAGUCUGAUGUAUGUAAGGCUAUGAUGUAGGAUUAAGAACUUAGGAAUGAUUUUUGUAAAAAAAAAAAAAAAAAAAGACGCUGUCAUUAUUGUAUUUUAGGUAAUAUGUUAUUUAAAUUUUAGGAAGUAUUUAUUAGUGAGAAGAUUGGAGGUUUGUUCCAAAAAUUUAUGAGAAACUGUAACAUUAAAACAUUUUUUACUUUGGAACAAAUCCUACUUUAGUGAAGUGUUGCCAGAUCCAAUUUAGACAAAAUUAGUAAGUGACCGGCGUCUUUUUUUUAAGGUUGCCUUGUUGAGGUAUGAUGGAUUUGUUGCGUUUAAUUUUUAAAUACUUAUUUUUAUACAAAAAAAAAACCUAUUUAGUCGAUGUGCUGCCACCGUUCUAUGAAAUUUCUCUCUUUGUAAAUUCAUUAGGCCCCCCAUCCUUGGGAAUUUUGACGUGUGUGUUUUUACUAAGAAAGGUAUUUGCCCCUCUUCCUGAUCAAAAAAAAAAAAAAAAGUAGUUUUUAAUAAUAAUAUAAUGUUUUUUAUUGUUUUGAAAAUACAUACAAUGGUUCCUAUCUACAUUAAUUAAUACAGAACUGAUUUUUAGUUUAAAAACCAAAAAAAAAAAAAGGGGGACAAAACUUUUCUUAAGGGCUCUACACACUAUAUGUUCUUUCUUGUCGGUUUAAAAUUCAGUCCGAACUUGAUUUUUGGUUCAACAUUUUGUUAUAUGUGGAUCCAACUACCAAAAAAAAUUGCGUAGUGUAUGGUGAAAACAAGCGUAGUGUGUGGGGCCCUUUAGUAAAACAUCAAAAAAAAAUUAAAUGUAAAUUAUUAUUAGAUAGAUACUCCAGGGAAUUAUUAUUAUAUUGAGGCAUUUUUUUUGGAAAACGGUGGACGAAUACUUCAAUCCUCCUCCGUUAGCCAAAAUUAUUGUGAAGCAUUUCGGACCUCAUUUUUCUAGGAUAUUUUUUACUGUCAUUUUUUGGCAAUCGGCUCCACCGCCGUUUCGAUCAUGACAAAUCUGAUUGCCAAAAGCUCUGUUUUUUGUAAUUUAAUUAUUUGUGCACAUUUAUUAUAUUAGAAUGUUCUCUUUUUCUUUUUUUGAAUAUUAUACGAUGUGCGUUUUUCAAACAUAUAUGUUUAUGUUUGCUUUGUAUUAUUCUGAACAUUUAAUAUUAAUAAAAUUCUUUAUGAUGUCUA